AUGGCCGAUUUUGGACUGUACGUGUACCAGGAGGAAGUGGUUCAAAGGGCUCUCUGUGGGGAAAACAUCAUUAUUUGGCUGCCGACCGGAGGCGGAAAGACCCGUGCAGCUGUGUAUGUGGCCAAAAAACACCUGGAGACCACAGAAAAUGCAAAGGUGGUGGUCCUGGUGAACAAGGUUCACCUUGUGGAUCAACAUUUCACCAAAGAGUUCGACCCUCACCUGGGCCGAGACUACAAACUAGUGCCAGUCAGCGGAGAGUCUGACGAGAAGGAUUUCUUUGGGAAUGUGGUGCGGGAUUCACACCUGGUCAUCUGCACCGCUCAGAUCCUGUAUAAUGCUUUGAUAAACCCAGAGGAAUCCAGACACGUUGAACUGUCAGACAUUACUCUGCUGAUUAUUGAUGAGUGCCACCACACACAUAAGGAGUCCGUCUACAACAAGAUUAUGAGGUGUUAUGUGGAGAAGAGGCUAGGAGAACAAGGACCACUUCCACAGAUCUUAGGUCUGACAGCGUCACCAGGGACGGGAGGUGCAAAGACUCUGGAGAAUGCUGUGGAACACGUCCUGCAGAUUUGUGCCAACCUGGACUCUUCCAUAGUUUCCACAAAAAAUUAUGUCCCAGAACUGAAGCAGAAAGUGCCCAGACCUAAAAAAUCAUUUGACAUUGUGGAUAAAAGGAACGAGGAUCCAUUUGGAGAGCAUCUGAAGUGGAUGAUGGAGCAGAUCCAUGAGUUCAUGAACCUACCUCCAGACUUCAAACCGCGACAGUUCGGAACACAAGAGUAUGAGGCGGACGUGGUGGUUCUGGAACAGAGGGGGGUCAGAGACGAUAACAGAGUGCUGGCUCAGUGUGCCCUCCAUCUGAGACAGUACAACGACGCUCUGCUCAUCAAUGACACUCUGAGAAUGAUGGACGCAUACAGCUCCCUGGAGGAUUACUACAGCCUGAAGGGCCUCAAAGCUAUCGAUGGAACAGACUACUAUCUGGUGGGACUUUUCCAGGAGAAUCAGGUGGAGCUAAGGAAACUGGCGUUAGACUCUCGGUUUGAGAAUCCAAAAAUGGCCAAACUACAGACCACACUUCUCAACCAGUUCGAUGCUGGUGUUAAAUCAAGGGGGAUCCUCUUCAGUAAAACACGUAAAAGCGUCCACUGUCUGCACGACUGGAUCAGCAACAACAGAGUUUUACAGACAGCUGGGAUCAAGGCGGCCAUCCUGACCGGGGCUGGGAACGGCAUCACGUACAUGACUCAGCAUGAACAGGGAGAGACUAUCCGCAAUUUCCGCGAAGGUGCUCUGAACCUGCUAAUCUCCACCAGUGUGGCUGAAGAAGGCCUCGACAUCCCCGAAUGCAAUCUGGUGGUACGUUACGGUCUGCUUACAAAUGAGAUCGCUCAGCAGCAGGCCAGUGGACGCGCCCGAGCACAGGACAGCGUGUAUUCAGUGGUUGCAGAGAGAGGUGGACGGGAAGAGCGUCGGGAGCACAUCAAUGAGUAUCUGGAGGAACUGACCGGAAAAGCCAUCGCCAAGGUCCAGGAAAUGAGUCCUCGGCAGUUUCACAUUAGGAUAAGGGAACUUCAAAGGGAGGACAUUAUUCGCACUAAAGCUGCAGAAAGUCAUAAAUUACAGAAGAGGAGUCGCUUCCCAGCAUCCAGGAUCCAGUUCUUGUGUCGAAACUGCUUCAAACCCGUCGCCUCAGGCAGCGACAUCAAACUUGUUGACAACGCGCACUUUGUCAACAUCAAUCCAAACUUUAAGAGGGAAUACAGGGCUGGUGGGCAGGUGGUUUUGGAGAGGACUUUUGAGGACUGGGAGCCGGGCUGUACAAUCAGCUGCAAUAAUGGCAACUGUGGCCAGAACUGGGGAUUUGAGCUGAAGUACAAGAAAAUUGCCCUGCUGCCCAAUAUUGCCAUUAAGAACUUCGCCCUCCAGACCCCCGACGGCAGGAUGACCCUAAAGAAGUGGAAGGAUAUUCCUUUCACUGUGGAGGAUUUCGACUUUGCAGAAUACUGCCAAGACAACUUCCCCGACAUCAUCUUUGAUUGAAACACCAGAGAUGUUCGCUUUGCACAGCACAUGUCACUUUUCUUUUUUUUUUUUUUUUUUUUUUUUUUUUAUUCCUAUCUCUUGUUUAUACUCAUUUAGAAAUGUUAAACUACAUGGUUUUGUGGCGCUAAAAAAAGGAACACAUGCUUUGGAAACGUUACUCCACACAUUGCCAUCACUUAUUGGCUGCAGGGCCGGUGAGGCAGUAGUCUUCUAAAACCCAUUACACAUCGAUCAUGCAUGAAAUUAGCAUGACAGCUUUGUUUAUGCCCAAGGUCCUAACUCCCUUCGCAUGUUUUUGUUUGCAUCUCCACUCCUGCUUCUCAAGUCGAGCACUGAAAGAAAAUGAGCACCGUUGUAACACGAACCUUGUGUAUCGUCGCGAAGAGGCUUUCUAAUGCACUUUUUUAAAGCUAUUUUUUUUUAAUCAUUUUAAUCCGUUUAAAUGAAAUUCAACAGUAACUACUGUAUGUGUGUGUUUAUGUCUGCAGAAUAGACAUACAUGAACAUGGUAUGUGUUGAUGAUGCAACAUUUUUAAUUCCGUUUUAUCAUUUUUUACAACAAUCAUGAGCUUUGUUAAAAAAAAAA